AUGCAGAACGGCGCCAAGUACUCCGACAGUGAGAGCGAACUGUCAGAGCCCGCGGAGCCUGUUGCUGCCGGAGCCUCGCCGUCACAUGUCGACAACGAGGAUGACGAUGAACCCAUGCAAGAUCAUGACGAACCCAGCUCAGAUGAGCCUGAUGCUGAAGGUGACGCCGAUUAUGAGAUGGAUAUCUCCAUACGCGCAAACGGUGCGCAAGCGGACGAGAACCACUCUUCCUCGGAUGAUUCCAUUAGACCCGCCAAGAGGAAGGCACAUCCAGUCGAAGAAGAUGACUACAUUCGGAAUAACCCAGAAAUGUAUGGGUUGAGGCGAAGUGGGAGGGCUCGACACGUUCAAAACAUGGCAGAAUCCUCCGAGGAGCAUGACUCGGACUCGGACGUUGUUGCUCCCCCCCGGAAGCGGGCGCGUCACAUUUCUCAACGCUCGUCGAAGCAGCCUACUCCUAUCGUCGAGUCUCCUACUGACUCUGACGAUUCCGAUGCUUACGGCGGCCGACGUGCAAAGCUGUCCAAGAAGCAACGCCGAAGAUUGUUACAGUCUGCCGAAAGCCUGACGCCUCAACACGCUGAAAUCCGCUUCUCCACUCGUCGAGCUGCUAAAGUAUCUACAUAUAAUGAAGAUGACGAUGAUGACAUGUUCGAAGAGGACGAUCCUGAGACAAUGACUCCCAACUAUUGGAUAAACGGUCAAGACGACAACUCCCCGGCCAUUGACAUUGUCUUGAACCAUCGUCUUAAGGCCGAUGUUACCACCCCGACGCGCUCAAAGGACGAGUACGAAUAUCUCAUCAAAUGGCAGCAGAAAGCCUAUUAUCAUGCUACAUGGGAAACUGUUGAGUCACUUGCUGGCGUCCGGAGCGUCCGGCGAUUGGAAAACUAUGUCAAGAAGACCCUGAUGGAGGAUAUUCGCAUUCAGACUGACCCCAAUAUCGCCCCAGAAGAUAAAGAAAAGUGGAUUCUGGACCGUGAGCAGUACAUUGAUGCCCUAGAUGAUUACAAGAAGGUGGAACGAGUCAUUGGAGAUCGCGAUGGUGAAGAAGGCACUGAGUACUAUGUCAAGUGGAAAGGCCUCUUUUAUGACCAAGCUACCUGGGAGGCGUCGAGCUUGAUUAGCCUGAUUGCGCAGAACGAGAUCGACAGAUAUAUCAACCGCAGACGAGAAGAGUUCAAGUCCAGUCCGACGGAGAGCAAUCCUUCGACUCGGUCACCCUUUCAACCGGUCCGGGAUCAGCCAUCAUACAUCAAGGGUGGCACAUUGCGAGAUUUCCAGAUGACUGGCUUGAACUUCCUAGCAUACAACUGGGUCAAAGGGAAGAAUGUCGUCCUAGCGGACGAGAUGGGUCUUGGAAAGACUGUGCAAACUGUUGCAUUCCUGAGUUGGCUUCGACAUGACCGUGGUCAACAGGGACCAUUCCUUGUCACCGUCCCGCUGUCGACCAUGCCGGCCUGGGCAGAAACCUUCGACCUAUGGGCGCCUGAUAUCAACUACGUGGUCUACAACGGCAAUCAAACCGCUCGGAAUAUCAUCAAAGAUUACGAGCUAUUGCCGGAUGGGAACUUCCGCCAUCCACGCUUUCAUGUCCUCCUGACAACGUACGAGUAUGUGCUACAAGAUGCGCCGUUCUUGAGUCAGAUUAAAUGGCAAUUUAUGGCUGUGGAUGAAGCUCACCGUCUGAAGAAUCGUGAUUCUCAGCUGUACGACCGGUUACGGGAAUUCAAAGCUCCAGCUCGACUACUUAUCACUGGCACUCCAGUACAGAACAAUCUCGGGGAGCUUUCUGCAUUGUUUGAUUUCUUGAAUCCCGGUGUUGUCAACAUCGACGAGAACAUGGACCUCACCAACGAGGAGGCAAGUGCUAAAAUCGCUAAGCUCACCGAGGACAUUAAGCCAUACAUGCUUCGACGGACUAAGCAGAAAGUUGAGAAAGACCUGCCGCCGAAGACUGAAAAGAUCAUUCGCGUUGAAUUAUCGGACAUCCAGCUUGAAUAUUACAAAAAUAUCCUGACCAAGAAUUAUGCUGCCCUCAACCAAGGCGCUAGGGGUCAGAAACAAUCACUCCUGAACAUUAUGAUGGAGCUGAAGAAGGCCAGCAAUCAUCCAUUCAUGUUUCCUACUGCCGAGGAACGCCUUGUCCCCGAAGGCGCUCGACGUGAGGAAGUAUUGCGUGCUCUCGUCACAAGUAGUGGCAAGAUGAUGCUUCUUGAUCAACUUCUCACCAAGCUCAAACGUGACGGCCAUCGUGUCUUGAUUUUCAGCCAGAUGGUCAGGAUGCUCGACAUCCUCGGAGACUAUAUGGAUUAUCGAGGUCAUGCUUAUCAGCGUCUUGACGGCACUAUCGCGGCUGCUCCUCGCCGCAUCGCCAUCGAUCAUUUUAAUGCUCCAGACAGCACCGAUUUCUGUUUCUUGCUCUCCACCCGAGCUGGUGGUCUAGGGAUCAACCUUAUGACUGCCGACACGGUCAUCAUCUUCGACUCCGAUUGGAACCCACAGGCGGACUUGCAAGCGAUGGCCCGAGCUCACCGGAUUGGCCAAGUCAGGCCAGUCAGUGUGUACCGCUUGGUCUCCAAGGAGACCAUCGAGGAAGAAAUUCUCGAGCGUGCCAGAAAUAAAUUGAUGCUGGAAUUCUUGACUAUACAACGCGGUGUCACCGACAAGGAGACGCAGGCUCGACGCAAUGCCUUGGUCGGUGAACCAGGCAGCUCUAGUGAAAUCUCAAGAAUUCUCAAGAAACGUGGUCAGAAGAUGUUUGAGCAAACUGACAACCAGAAAAAGCUCGAAGAGCUGGAUCUCGAUGCUGUGCUCAACAACGCCGAAGACUACAAAGUUGAGCAGCCGGACGGCACCGACGCCGAUGGCGGAGAAGAAUUCCUGCGAAGCUUUGACUUCGUUGAUGUCAAGGUUGAUGAGCUUUCAUGGGACGACAUCAUCCCCAAAGAACAGUUAAAUGAGAUUAAGAAAGAGGAGCAACGAAAGGCGGAUGAAAAGUUUCUUGCCGAGGUCAUUGAACAGAACAAACCUCGAAGCCGCAAUCACCAAGUGGAAGAUCGCGAAGCGCGCAAGGCUCGGCGCCAGGAGCAGCGUCACAAAGAUAUUGAUUCAGAGAGCGAAUCCGACGAAGGUCCCAAGGCGGACCCCGCACGACCGUUAAGUGAGCGUGAAUAUCGAUACCUCAUCAAAGGCCAUCUCCGCUACGGCUCUAUCGACGACCGCCAAGAAGAGUUUUUGGCCGAAGCUCGUCUCCGAGGUAGAGACCUCAACGUUGUCAAGGCUGCGAUGAAAGAAGUCUGGGACAAAUCCGAGGAGCUCUUCAAAGAAGAACAGAAACGGAUGGCCGAGUUGGAGCGGACAUCGAACCGGCCAAUCACCAAGAAAGACAAGAAAGCAGUCCUGUUCGAGUUACAUGGCGUCAAACGAAUCAAUGCUGAGACCAUUCUUGAACGGCCUGGAGAAAUGCGUCUUCUCCGAGAGGUCACUUCAAAAGACGCAGACUUCAAAUCGUUCCGCAUUCCUGAAGCGACGAAAGCCGCUGGAUACUCCUGCCCAUGGGGUGCCAGAGAAGACGGGAUGCUCUGUGUGGGUAUUGCUAGACAUGGUUACGGAGCAUGGGAGAAGAUCCGUGACGAUCCAGAUCUUGGCUUAAAGGACAAAUUUUUCCUGGAAGAGCACCGAGUCGACAAGAAAGCAGAACGCGAGAGGAUGGAUGACAAAAAUGCCAAAUCUCCCGGUGCAGUCCACCUUGUUCGCCGCGCUGAUUACCUCCUUUCUGUUUUAAAGAGCAAAUAUGCAGACGAUCCAGCAGCCAAACGAGCGGUUGAGAACCACCACCGCAACAACAAGAAGUACCACCCCGACAAACCUGCCGGAUCUCCCGCUUCUGUUGUCAAUCGCAAAGCACAUCGCGAAUCCGAGAAACCUCGACACAGAGCUGUCAGCCAGACUCAUCGCGAGAGUUCUGAAAGAUAUGGGACUCCGAAGUCCGAGGGUCGGCACAGCCAUGUCAAGCAUGAAAGUGAGAAUAGAGAACAUAAAGAGCGCAGACACCGUGAUGAACAUGCUCACUCCUCUCACCAUCGGCACGGCAGUGAUCACCGACGAAGUGAAAAUCCCUCCAAUGCCGCCUCGUCGGAAGUUGAUCCUCUGUUGGACAUGUUGUUCAAGCCUGUUAGGGAAAGCUUGAGAAAGAUCAAAGCUACAACAAAGAGCGCCAUACCAGAUGGACAAACCAGAGCGAAUGAAUUACGAGUCCUGCUCAAGCAGAUUGGAAAUUUCAUCACCGAUCAAGUCGCCGAACUCGACGACAAUCAAGAGUCUGUGGAGAAGCGCUUCUGGGACUAUGCCGCCACAUAUUGGCCUAACAAGGGCAUAAAAGGUAAAGAGCUCCAAAACAUCCACGGCAAGAUUGUUGCGUCAGACAAUAAGCUUGCAGGCGAAGGUUCGCCCAACGACGAGUCGAGUAAUGUUGACGGUCGAGCGACGAACGGGAGUUAUCAGACUUCACCUCCGCGUUAG